GCGUUGGCUUCUUUUCUCUUGAUUCUCUGCACAUAUUCUUAUUCCUUUUUUGGAUUCUUAUUAAACCCCACGCGAUUCGAUCUCUUCUGCAAUACAUUUGGAGGUGAGGUGACUCUGAAAUCGUAGCAGCUACAGAGGAAAUUUUUCUUCGAAAUUUUUGGGGGUAACCAUCGAAGGAUGACGAUUUCUUCCAGUGAAAGCUCUGUUGACAGUAAAAGUUGUCUUUCAAAGCUUUCUCCACUGCAAGCUGUGUUGUUCGAUGUUGAUGGAACUCUAUGUGAUACAGAUCCCCUCCAUUACUAUGCCUUCAGAGAAAUGCUUCAAGAGAUUAAUUUCAAUGGCGGGGUCCCCAUUACUGAGGAAUUCUUCAUCGAAAAUAUUGCUGGAAAGCAUAAUGAGAAGAUUGCCCCAUUUCUAUUUCCCGAUGAUGUGCAACGAGGUUUGAAAUUCCUGGAUGAUAAGGAAGCGAUGUUUCGAAGGUUGGCCUCUCAACAAAUUACACCUAUAAACGGUCUAUAUAAACUGAAGAAAUGGAUUGAGGAUCGUGGGUUCAAAAGGGCUGCAGUUACUAAUGCUCCCAGGCCAAAUGCUGAACUCAUGAUAUCAGCCCUCGGCCUCUCUGAUUUCUUUGAGGCGGUCAUUGUUGGUGAUGAAUGUGAGCAGGCCAAACCACAUCCAGAACCCUACUUGAAGGCUCUUGACGUGCUCAAGGUUUCAAAGGAUCACACAGUCAUUUUUGAGGAUUCUUUUUCAGGUAUAACAGCUGGAGUGGCAGCUGGGAUGCCUGUUGUUGGUUUAUCCACCAGAAAUCCGGAAAAUUUGCUGAUGGAAGCAAAACCUACCCUUCUUAUCAAAGACUAUGAAGAUCCGAAAUUGUGGGCAGCAUUGGAAGAGCUCGAUAAGAAGGGAGGUGUAGAGACAGCUACCAACUAAAUGUUACAAGUUUUCGCAUAUAGUAUGAAGCUUAUAGAUCUCUUCAGCAACAGUUCAGUUGAAUAAUUCUGUUCAAGACCGGCCUCUAUAUUCCUCAUGAUGAGUUGCCGGGCAUUUGAUGUCAGGUUAGUUUUGUCAGAUGUUAAAUUGGUUUAUAGGCAUAUAGCUAUCGCCUGUCGAUCCUUGUACCGUCCAGACUUAUGGUUUAACAAUAUAUUGAUCGAGGAAUACAAUUAUAUGAUUUAGCAAGAUUUGAGUAUGA